GUAAGGACACUGUCGCAAACGUUUAGAAGCACGACAUUUUCAAUAACAACAGUUAAUGGUUUACGGCACGUGCCCUCGUUGUGGACGUUAUGAGAGUUUGGGGACUCUUUCCUUAGCAAGUAGCUGCUGCUGUCAUUCAGGUUGCCUUUAGGAUGGAUCCAAUGGUACUAAGCUACCAGGACAGUCUCCUGCGGUGCUCAGACGUGGCACUUUUAAAUGGACCCCACUGGCUCAACGAUCAGGUCAUAGGUUUCGCCUUUGAGUACUUUGCAACAGAUCGCUUCAAAAAUGUGGGCGAGAAUGUCUGUUUCAUCAGCCCAGAAGUCACUCAGUUUAUAAAGUACGCCUCAUGUCAAGAGGAGCUUGCCAUUUUCCUGGAGCCGCUGAAUCUUGCAUCUCGUCGGUGGGUUUUUUUGGCUGUCAAUGACAACUCGAAUCAAACGGCCGGUGGCUCUCACUGGAGCCUACUUCUCUAUCGGCGAGACACCGGCCAGUUCUCCCACUACGACUCCCAGAGUGGAAGCAACUCAUUGCAUGCCCGGCGUAUUGCAGCCAAGUUGGAGGCUUUUCUAGGCACUGGAGCGAAAGUGCCCUUUGUGGAGGAGCAAAGCCCCUCGCAGCAGAACAGCUAUGACUGUGGCAUGUAUGUGAUCUGUAAUGCUGAGGCUCUAUGUGAGAGUGCUAGGGUCGAGGGCUGUCCGCACCUGCCCGCUCAGAUCAUAACACCCACCUACAUUACACGGAAACGGACAGAAUGGUAUUCACUAAUACAGAGACUCUCCAAAGAAUGACUAGCUGACCUUUUAUUACAUCAUGCAACAGCACCGUCAUGUAUGCAUGAACUGCAGUAGCCAAUGGGCAAAGUGAACACACUUAUUUAUCGUACUCAAUCCUCCACAAAGGAUGCACAAAAAAAAACAACAUGUACUUUUCAAAAUGAUUUACCAAACUCUCAAAUCAAUAGUUCACACAAAAACCCCAUUAUCAUAUUACUCACCUCGCUCCAGACCCAAAAUGAGAAGUGAGAUGCAGAGUCUUCGCUCUGCUUUUUUCAUAAAAUGAAAGUGAAUUUGGACUGCUCUGUCAGUCUCCAAUAAUUUUUAAAAAAGCCAUUAGAGGGAUAGUUCACCUAAAGAUUAAAAUCUGCUGAAAAUUUACUCCGCCUUAGGCAAGCAGUUUUUGUCUUCAUUGGAACUGAUUUAAAAAAAAAAAGAGCAUUACAUCACUUGAUCCCCAAUGGAUCCGCUGCAGUGAAUGGGUGCCGUCAGAAUGGGAGACCAAACAGCUGAUAAAAACAUCACAAUAAUCCACAAGUAAUCCACACAACUCCAAACCAUCAAUUCAUGUCUUGUGGCUUACAAAGCUCCAUCUUUGUAAGGACAUUUUGUGGUUUUCUGAUCAGUUUGAUGUAAGUGAUAUUCAUACUGUCCUGACAAAAUGACAAUAAAAAAGAUUGGAAAUAUAAGGCUCCAUGUUUAUAAGAAACAUCCAUCAUUAAGGCUUUUCAACUUUAAGCCUUUGCUUCUGGUCAAAUUACCAGUCCAUAAUCAAUAAAACCGCUUCCUCCGUUGAAAAAGUCCAUCCCUUGUUGUACUCUCACAUAAAAAUUCACUGAUUUAUUUUGUUUAGAACUGUUUUUGGACUGUUUCAGAUGAGACAUUGGAGAAAGCAACAAUAUUCUUAAAGGAAUUUUUUUUUUUUUUACAAACGCUGAGCAUUUUGCUUCACAAGACCUCAAUUGAUGGUUUGGAGUCCUGUGAUUACUUGUGGAUUAUUAUGAUGUUUUCAUCAGCUGUUUGGACUCUCAUUUUGAUGGCACCCAUUCACUGCAGAGGAUACAUCGGUGAGCAAGUGACGUAAUACAAAAUUUCUUCAAAUCUGUUCCAAUUCAUAAACAAACUCAUCUAUACUGUAUCUUGGAUGGUUGAGGGUUUUCAGCUAAUUUAAAUUUUGGGGUAAAUCAUUCCUUUUUGAAGUAUCAAAAAAGUAGUGAAUCAUGCACUAUAUUGAUAUUUUCCUGAAGUCAGCAAUUUCCCUUCACUGUAGCUCUUAAAUCAAUUUUUUGACCCUGGACCACAAAACCAGUCUUAAGUCGCUGGGCUAUAUUUUUAGCUAUAGCCAAAAAUACAUUGUAUGGGUCAAAAUUAUAAAAAAAAAAAAAUUGUAAUGCCAAAUAUUAUUUUCCUACCGUAAAUAUAUUAAAACUUAAUUUUUGAUUAGUAAUAUGCAUUGCUAAGAAUUCAUUUGGACAAAUUUGAAGGUGAUUUUCUCAGUUUUUUUAUUUUUUUGCACUCUCAGAUUCCAGAUAUUCAAAUAGUUGUAUCUCGGCCAAAUAUCGUCUGAUCCUAAUAAACCCUAUAUCAAUGGAAACCUUAUUUAUUCAGCUAAGAUGUAAAAAUCUUAAUAAUUUACCUGGUUUUGUGCUCCAGGGUCACAUAUUUAUUGGUAUAUAUUUAUAUAUGGCAUGUGAAAACCAAACUUUGACUGGUUAUUGUGUUUGUCACAAUCAAAAAGUAGGCCUUUAUUGAAAAAGUAAUAUAAGUAGAAUAUGUUGCAUAAGUCUUAAGGAAAUCUACAAUACUUGCAUACAUUUCUUGUUCAUAUUAACUUGACAGCCUCAGUUCUCAUUCACUUACACUGUAUGAAAAUGAGCUGUGUCAGCAUUUGGCAAAACAUCUUACAUUAAGGAAAUAAAAUGUACAGGGGGGAGUAAAUAAUGAUGACCGAUUGUUUAAUUUUGGAUGUGCUGUUGCUUUUAAAAAUACAUCUAUGAUCUUUUAUCAAUUCAUAAGAGAGAAGAGACUUGUGAUCAGUGCAACAAAUCAGUUAGCAGCACAAGUCGGUGAAGCAGAUCCAGAAUGUAUUGUUGAAUAGUUUAGAUUAGUUGCAUGAAGUGAGUAAGUGAAUGUGAUGCUUGUUUACAGGAACUUUUGCUCAGGGCUUAUUUUGAGUAGAGUGCUGAUGACAAAGAAUGUGAUUGUGUAAUUGCUGUGUAAGUUACUGUUUUCUAAGGAAAUGUAGUAUGUGCUGUUACAACACACGGGCUGAACAAAAAUACAGUGGAGUAGUUUUUAUUUAACCAAGUGCAUCCUCUGGCUGAGCUGAAAAGAUGCUUUGUAAGCUCACACCAGCAAAAGCAUGAUUGUGUGACUAUAUUCUUCAGCGUUGUAUAACAGUUUUCUUACAACUGAAUGAAACCGAUAUUAAUAAUAAUGAGCUAAUUACAUAUCAAACCAAUUAAAAAAUGCAUGCAGGGAACUUUACUACAAGUAAUACUGACCUCAAUUAAAUCAUCAUGUGUGUGUGUCCUAGGGAGGCAUUUCAGCACAACUCCAAGCAGAACUCUUUACAUUUGUAAAUUAUAUAUUUGCAUAAAAUAUGGUUGUGUUGAUCUAAAGGAAAGACCAGACUUUUGGAGUCUUUGGACAGAUACAGAAGCUUGGAACAGUGUUCAAAUACUAGAUUAGAAUUCUCUAAUGUUACUUAAUUACCAAUUCUAUGUUGAAAUGUUCUACAUUGUUCUCCUUCUUCUUUUUUUAGGAAAACCUUCAUCAAACUGUGUUAAUGUGACAUUAAUAAAACAAUGGGGUUAAGCAGAGACAAGGUUAAUACAGUGAAUACUGAA